CUACUCGUCGUAAGGGCUUCGAUAUUUGCAUAUGUAUGAAUAUUUUAAAGAAAACAGCAUAUGAAACUAAUAAAAUCGCAGGCGCAUGCUUCAGAGUUUGUUUAUAGCUCGAAAGAAUUGAAUUUGAACAUUGUAAUAUUUCAGACCCUUCAUAAACUGAUGUAUUUUUAAGCGGAAAAGAUGAGUAUGAAUAUAUUACAAUAACUGUAAAAUUAAGCAUUAGAAAAUAUUUCAUUAUUAUCUGAAAGUCAAGACUGAAGAACUUCACAAAUAUUUUAUUAAUUUAAACAAAACAACACAAUGUUUAAUGUUCGGGUGGUGAAUACGUCUGUUGAUAUACAGAGAAACCAAAGUUAAUAUUAAUAUAUAUUUAUAAAUAUAUGUAUAUAUUAGCGUGUCAGUUGUUCAAGAGAUCUUAUAGAAUUUAUGAGAGCCUUAUGAAUGAUUAAUAAAAAAAUCAUAUUUCUAUAUGUUGUAAUAAAUAUGAAAGUUGUUUCAAUUCAGUAGAGAAUGUUAAGGUCAGUAAAUUUUGGCGGGGAAUACCAUCAAUCUGAUUGGUCAAUAUUAGGUCCUGAUCGAGGAUGUGUAAAUUUCAUCAACAUUUAUCCGAAAAGUUUCUAAUAUGUUGAUCGAAUGUUAAAAAAAAAACCAAAGACUUGAUAAUUGAUUCUCGAAGUAUUUUAAAAUGAUUGCUUAUGUAAAAAUAAUUAUUAUUGAUGAGAUCGUAGAUCUUUAACUCGGAAGGUGUGUACUGUUGACGGAGCCAUCUUUCCAGGCCUCGAUGUUAGCAGGUUUAUAGUAAUGGCGCGGCCACGGUUUCCAGGGCGUCCUGGCUGUAGAUACGAGCGAAUAUCUGUUCGCUAUGGCGAAGAAGAGUUCAGAACGCAAAUAGAUCCAAACUUAGGAUUGGUACGAAGCUUUUAUUGUGGAUUGAAACUAUUCCGGGAACUCGUUGGCGAAUCAGACGAGGAUGAAGAAUUUGAAGGUUUCACAUUGCAAGAUGUUCGUGCAAGUACAAAAAAAUACACAGCUAUGCUAUCAAAUUUCAGAAAUGAACAGGACAGUCCAGAAACUUCAAACAAUAGUAGUUCAAUUCCCUUGGCAAGUUGCCAUGGACAUGGUGCAAGCAAAACUCGGCGCCAAAGACUUCGUAAAAAGAUGGCUUCGGCUGUACCUUGUAUAAAAAAAGGAAUAAAUAAUAAAUCUUGCUUUCAUUCGAGCAGAACUGUACAAAGUGUAUAUACAGCACCCGAAAAGGUUGCUACAGCAAAGCUCAAAAAUAUAAAAAUCCGGUUGGAACCUGAUGGCAAGCAAGCUAAAAUUGUUCGUGGUCGUGGACGACCAUCUCUUUAUGUUCAUACUGUAAAAGAAAAGAAACUUGCUAAGUUGUCAGUUGAUAACUCAAAGAAUAUAUGUGACUCUUCUCAAAAACACAAUGCUUCAGCAGUUUGCAAGACUGUUGCAAGUGGCCAUAAAUUAUCAGUUAUUCCUCAUUCAAAAUCCAAACGUUUGGGAAAACAACUAGCAAAGCAGCUAUUACUGAAAGCACGUAAAGGACAUGAAUCUUUUUCUAAAGAUGGCCAUGUAGAUGUGACUGCUGCUCCUGGUUACCAUCGAAAACGCUUUAUCCUACCAACUAAAAGUUCCCGUUCUUCUAGAGUCAUUAAACCAAAUAAACGCUUUUUAGAAGAUGACGGUUAUCAAAUUAUGUUUAGUAAAUCUCAUAUAGUAGAUUCUCAUUCAUUGUCAUGGUUUUCUGAUAAUAGUUAUCCAGCUGCUGAGGCUAAUCUUUUACCAUUCGAAGUCGAUAACCAGAAGUGGAAAGAAGCAUCAGGGAAAGAUAGUGGUGAAUCUUCACAAAAAUCUGCUCCAUCGACAGACUGUAGUCGUAGUGUAAUUAAUCCUACCGCUCGCCGCAAAAGUAACCAGGGGCAAAAACAUGUCCAAUUAAUUUCUGGUAAUUCUGGAUUACAUGCUGAACAUUCUACAAAAAAGACUUGGCGUAAAAAUUCAAGAAAUUUAGCUGUUUCAACAGCUACAAAGACAAUUGCAUCAUCUAACCUUCAUCUUGGAAAAGAUGUAGGUAAAUUUGGAAAAGACAAAACCAAUUCAAAAGGAUUUAUACCUUUUCAUUAUGCUAGUACUGAUCAAACAGCUCCUUUGAAGUCUAGUGAAUCUCUCAAUUCAGACUUGUCUAAAAAAUCUCGUAGGCGGGGUGGUAGUUCAAAAAUGGACUCCCUUCCUCUUGCGCCUACAUAUUCUCAAUUAGGAUUACAUUCAGAAUGUACAGAUGCGAAAAGGGACUGUAAAUCUGGAAUAUUACACACACCUUUAAAUGAAACAUCUCUAACUGGUCCAGCUUUAUCUGAACAAGAUAUAAAUGAAAGUUCUUCAGUUAGAAUCACUGGGAUGCUUGGUUCUGGGCUGGAAUUAAGAGGUUUGCAUACUCCUGGUGAAAAAGGUUACACCUCAACAGAAAGUGGAAAGAUAGGACUUUAUGAUAUGCCUCUUAUUGUUGAGGGAAAACGACAACGGAAACCAAGUUUACGUAUGAGACUUAAACAGUCAGAAGAAAUAUUUGGUUCCCGAGAAACUAAGCGUGUAGAUUUGCGUAAAAUUGAAAUUGAAGGUGAAGACGAAGAGACUAAAAGGAAUCAAGAUAGUGAUAAUUUUAGUCAAGACGAUAAUGACGAGAAAAAUAAUUCAUUUGGAAACGAGACUAGUGAAAUGGAAAACAAACCUAGUCUACCACCAAUUGAACAAAGUUUGCCCACCCUCCCAACAAGUCCAUUUUGCCCUAAAUUAGAACUCUUCAGCCCAACUGGCUGCGGAGGAUCAUUUGUUAGUCCAAAUGAGAAACAAAAAAUGGUCGAACCAGUUGAAAAAGAUGUUGAUGCUACUCGACGAAGUGGAAACAACAUAUUGCGCAAGGCAAAGUUUCAAUUGAAUUGGGCAGCAUUGAAUAGGUCAAAAGCAGCUCUUGCUAGAUCUUUGCGUGCUAAGAUGCGCCACGAAGAAAGGUUGGAAAAAAAGAAACUCCGUGCACAAGAGCAAAAACUCAAACAAACAUCUGCUACAAGUCCUCUUCCUUUAUCAUCUCUAUCGGUUUUAAGUAGAGGCUUGAUAGAUGUACAUGGUAGUCCCAAACAAACAGCAGUAAAAAUGGAAGGCCAGUAUUCUGAUUUUAUAUUUGUUAUUUACUGUGCAUUUGAGCAGUGUGAUAUUGUAACUUCAAUAAAAUAAAGAAUCUAUUGUAUU